AUGGCUGCAGCGCCUGGGGCCGCGGAGAGCGCGAGGGUCAGAACCAGCCGCGGGGCGCCGCGGCCGCAGCUCCCCGCCGGCCCUCGCGGCCUUCCCUGCGCGGCCCCCGGCGCGGCCCCUCCCACCCGGAAGCCCGCGGCCGGGUCCACGCCUCACCUGCGCUCCCCGACGCUCCCCGACGCUCUCCCGCCGCGGCUCGGCCGCCUUCCCCGCGGCCCCUGCUCGCGCCCCGCCCGCGCCGCGGCCCCGCCCCGGCUCCAGCCCCCUCGCCCCCACGGGGUGGCCGCCAGCCUCGCUCAUGUGACGCGGGAGCAGCUGCGGCCUGAGUCACCGGGGCCGGCGAGAGGGGGAGGCGAGCCCCCGGCCGGACGCGGCCACGUGGCCCCCGGCCGGAAGGCUGCGGCCGGGACUGGACCUCAGGGCUCCUGGCGCCCUUCUGGAACCCAGCGCCGUCUGGUUCGGGAACACGGGCUGGGCGUGAGCGCACACGGCUGCCCAGAGUUGCCCGAAGGCAAAGUGUCACACCUCCUCUGUCCCCACCGAGAAGCCACCGCGCACUUCCCGGUCCAUCCUGUUCAAGCCCCUGUCCCUCAUCCCAAACCCGCAGAAAGCGAGGAUGCCAAAGCCUUUAGAGAACUUGUCAUCAGACAGGACUGUAAGCUACUGCAGUGGGCCAAGGCUGCCGCACUGGGGUGUCUGUCACUGGGCACUGGAGGUAAGUGGAGCAACCCCAUAUGUCCUUACUGUGAGGAAGUGGAGGCUCUGAGAGUCCCCAACCUGCUCUAUGCCUCCACGACCACAGUACAGCUCCUCACGCAUACUCUUUGGAUCUCUUCUCCCAGCCUCAAGAUUCUCUUGGAGAUGCUACAGAAGGGGGAGCGCUCCAGCCGGCCGGCCGCAUCCGCUGCGCCGGAGCCGGACGGCUGCCCCGUGUGCGUGUGGCGGCAGCACAGCCGCGAGCUGCGCCUGGAGAGCAUCAAGUCGCAGAUCCUGAGCAAACUGCGGCUCAAGGAGGCGCCCAACAUCAGCCGGGAGGUGGUGAAGCAGCUGCUGCCCAAGGCGCCGCCGCUGCAGCAGAUCCUGGAUCUGCACGACUUCCAGGGCGACGCGCUGCAGCCCGAGGACUUCUUGGAGGACGACGAGUACCACGCCACCACCGAAACGGUCAUAAGCAUGGCCCAGGAGACGGACCCUGCAGUGCAGACAGAUGGCAGCCCUCUCUGUUGCCAUUUCCACUUCAGCCCCAAGGUGAUGUUCACAAAGGUACUGAAGGCCCAGCUGUGGGUGUACCUUCGGCCUGUGCCCCGCCCAGCCACAGUCUACCUGCAGAUCUUACGACUGAAACCCCUAACUGGGGAAGGGACCGCAGGGGGAGGGGGUGGAGGCCGGCGUCACAUUCGUAUCCGUUCACUAAAGAUUGAGCUACACUCACGGUCCGGCCACUGGCAGAGCAUCGACUUCAAGCAAGUGCUGCACAGCUGGUUUCGCCAGCCACAGAGCAACUGGGGCAUCGAGAUCAACGCCUUUGAUCCCAGUGGCACAGACCUGGCUGUCACCUCCCUGGGGCCAGGAGCUGAGGGGCUGCAUCCUUUCAUGGAGCUUCGAGUCCUAGAGAACACAAAAAGGUCCCGGCGGAACCUAGGCCUAGACUGCGAUGAGCACUCAAGUGAGUCCCGCUGCUGCCGAUACCCUCUCACAGUGGACUUUGAGGCUUUUGGCUGGGACUGGAUCAUCGCGCCUAAGCGCUACAAGGCCAACUACUGCUCCGGCCAGUGCGAGUACAUGUUCAUGCAAAAGUAUCCACACACCCACUUGGUGCAACAGGCCAAUCCAAGAGGCUCUGCUGGGCCCUGCUGCACCCCUACCAAGAUGUCCCCAAUCAACAUGCUCUACUUCAAUGACAAGCAGCAGAUUAUCUACGGCAAGAUCCCUGGCAUGGUGGUGGAUCGGUGUGGCUGCUCCUAAGGUGUGGGCUACAGCGGAUGCCUCCCUCAUAGACCCGACCCUAAGAACCCCAGCCCUGGUCCCCAUUCCCCAAGCCCUAGAAGCACCCCCCACCUCUUCCCAUGAACAUCACACCUUGUUCCCUGACCAAGCAGUGUGCAAUACAACAGAGGGAGGCAAGUGGGGAUGGAGUGGUGAGGGGUUGGGAGAAAGGAAGGGCAGUCAGGGUGGAAUGUAUCUGAGUUUGCAAGUGAGAAGGUUCGGCAAGAUGACAGAUGUAGAGACAGAGGAAGAAGAUGGAAGGAUAGAGACAGAGGAACAAACAGCAACACUGAGAAGGCAAAGGAAUAGAGGCACAAGGAUUAGGGACUAGGCAAAGGCACAUAAGGAGAGAGACUGAAAUGGGAGUAAAAUGAAAGCCCUGCCCCAAGCCUUUGCUUUUCCACCAGCAAGGUGAGAGGCUUGGAAUAGUUUGCGGAGUUCCCCUGACAACUCAGUAGGAGUAAAUCAAAAGUCCAUUCUUAGCUUCUUCCCUUUCUCCUUCCAGAGUAGCCAAAAGUGGCAUGAGAAUGGGGCAAAGUAAGGACCUGGGUUUUUUUUUAAUUUAUUUAUUUAUUGUGACUUUUCAUUUUUUGGUAUUUGGCUUUACUGGAACGGGAGGGACCUUGCCCACUGUGCCCACUGGUCCCUUAUUCCCCACACCCCGCUUUUUCCCAAUACCAACCUACUUAAGCACUUGUAUUAAGCCUCCAGGGUUGGGAAUGGGAGUAAAGAGCAAGAGGGGUGACACAUGGAAGUUUCUAACUCACAACCACCCUAACCAACCUUCUUGAGCCAAACGGGUUGAACUAAGUGGUCAUGGAAACAGAAAGAAGUUCAGACUUAAGAGCUGGGGGUGAGGGGACCUCAACAUCCAGGAUAUAUGAGCUACUAAACUACCCCUCAGGCCUACCUUAUUCAUGGCAUUAUUUAGCUAAAGGGUACAGCCUACUUAUCCCAAAUCCCCUCGGCCAAGAGACCAAAGAGCCUGUGGAAUGUCCCACUCUCAGCCUCUAUCUUCAGGUCAAUAAAAAGUAGAAAUCCCAGCGUUCCCAGGACUGGGAAGGGUUAAGGGUCAAGAAAAUAGUAGAGGCUGAAGGUUACAGGGCAUCUGAAUCCAAAUCACUGCUCUAGGCUAGGGAAUACAGCCAGCAGACCAAGGUGGAAGGGAUUCUGAAGUGGGGGGCAUUUUAGUCUCCCUAACCCAAAGCUCAGGUGGAAGGAAGAACAAGGGAGCAGAGUGUCUAUAAUUCUUAUCUUUUAUUUUUUGAAUAUAGCAGUAUCUGGCAGCAGGGAGAAGACAGUACUAUAGGGAAAGACAUGUGACAGGGCCAGUUACAGCAGAGGAUGGGAGAGGAAGGAGACUCUGGUUUGGAAGGCUUAGGAAGCAGGCAAGAGACUAGUUGCCACUUCAAGUCACUAACUGGGCCCAUUCGUUCCUCCUGUAACCCUGACCCACCCUCCUCUGAACUCACUGUGCCUCAGUUUCUUCCCCUUGAUGGAUUGAGAAACAGCAGCACCCGCCACAGCCAAGAGAUGAAUUCUGAGCACUUACCACGGGCACUUUAUGGACAUAAAAUACCUCUCGCUGUGGGACUAGAUAACCAGGGCACCACAAUGGUGGUGAAGAGAUGUGAGGCUUACAGGAGUCACAGGCUUCAGAGUACAAGUACCCCUCUGCCUCUCAGCUGGACAAUGCCUGAAGCCAAGGAGCUGAAAAUCUCCACACCCUAACCAUACCUCAAGAGUGGCCUCUUGGCUCUAGACAAGAGUCUUAAAGAGGAUGGGGGGGGGUAGGAAGAAGGGGAGAUUACAGCAAAAUGAUCACUAAUACAGCUACAGUUCUGGUAGAAACUGGACUGACGCCUGGCCAGGAAGGUUUGUAUGUCUAAGCAUGUUUCUCUCACUUUGGCCAGAUCAUAGAAAGGACAAAGUUAUAUGACUAUCCUCACCACCUAACUCCUAUUCUCAUACUGAGAAAAAGAGGUAAGGUGUCUUCAGGAGGACAGACAGGGGUUCUUAAGCCUUCCAACUCACUCCCCAUGUAGCAGCUGUUAGUCCCAAGCCUCUCCUCUCUGGCAGUUCACCCUUUUUCCCCCCACCCCAUCUUAAAGAACAAGACACAUUUGACCAUCAACACCAAUCAUAUUUCCUUGGUGCAGGAGUGGAAUAGAAAAGCAGAGAGGAUGCUUUCCUCCAAGGUCAAAUGCUUCUUGAUCUUGGAAAAGGUAAGGGUUGGACAAUUAGAUAUCAGGUAAACUUCUCUAUAGUUUAGAGAGCUGGGGCAUUAACUUCAAUUAUUGCCUCUUUAUUACCACCAAGUAAAUACCUUUCCAGGGGAAAGACGCUGUCUUACAAAUACAAACCUGAGUCAAGCCUCAGUUUUCCGGUCUUUUCUAUCUCCUAAGAGGCUUGAGGACAUGGCCUAGCACUCAGUGGGAGCUGGCACCUCUUCCUACACUUUACCUGUGUGGACUGGCCAGUGGUCCUCUGAACAUAUCAUUAUUAGUGUAAUUCUUUACUUUGUGUAUUUGUUACAUCAUGUGUGUGAUUGCCUUUGUUUGUUAAGGGUGUUUGAGGAGUAUGGGCUGCCAGGGGCAUUGGAAUGCCAGGAAAGGACUUCUUCAAUGAAAUCGAGGUUUCCAGAAAGAAACCACUGCAAAAAGGCCAUCAGUCAGUUUUCAAGUUAUGUGACAGAGGGCAAAGAUGGCCAAAGGGUGCUCUGAGUUUUGGGACAGUCACAUGACACAAUCCAGCACUUGAACCUGAAAAAAGAAAAAUAAAAGCAGUCAAAGAGUUUAGAAUUCAGUGAUGAGCUCUUCUCCCUAAUUGAGCGUCACACUUACACCCAGGAGGCCAAGAACUGAAGAGGCUGUAAGAGAAGAACCUUAAAGAGUAAAAGGACUGAGAAGAUGGAAGAGCAAAGGAGGGACACUGAGGGCAUGGGCGCUGAUGUCUGGGAGGGACAUGGAGCUGUAACACUGACAGGGGCUGGGACAGCAAGAGGGCUUACAACUCUUCACAGAGCUGGGUAUUCCCAAAGACUACAAAAACAUGUAGCGCCACAAAAUGAAAAACCUAGAAAUUGAAAUGAUCCAGCAGGUCUUUUAUUUGACAGUACUCUAAUCCUGGCUGCCUCAACAGUAUUACCAAAAUCAAACUGGCAGCUCCCUAUUGUGGUUAAGUAUUUCAGACAUUUAGCCCACUAUAAAAAUAAAAACAAAAAACCUCCCCCACAUGCCCACAGCACAGUUCCCAAG